AUCAAUAAAUCACGGUCUCUAUAAAGAAAUUAAUUAUUUAUCAAUUAAAAUAAAAAAUUUUAAAGAUGUGAAUAUUCUUCUAAUUAUAUAGUGCAAAAAAUAUUUUUUAUAAAUACAAUUAUGAGUUUUCUAGUUGUUUUAAUAGUUGUAGUUUUAAUUUUUUAUGGAAGUAUUACCUGGGCCUUUCCUUUAGUAAUAAGUUGGUGGUUUAAUCGUAAAUUUAAAAUAAAUGUUCGUGCUGGUCGAAUGAGCCUACCCUUGUCGUUUAAAAAGGUUAACAUUUACAAAAAUGGAUUUUCUGUGCAAAUUGAAGAAAUAUCAAUUAGUAGCAGCUUUUUGAAUUCAGAAGUAACCAAAUUACUAUCAAUUAAUUUACGGGAUAUUCGUAUAAAUAAAGAUAUAGACGCAGGGGGGAAGUUUAAUGAUGAUUUACCGGAUUUCAGUGAAACGGAUAGAAAACUUAGUUCUGGGGUGCCGGAUUUCAGGAAAGCAAAAAUACCACCAAGUAUUGUAACAUUUGCUCAGUUUAUGGCUGUUCAUGUAUAUAAUGUAUCGGUUGUAUUAAUAAAUAAUGACUGUGACCCUAGUUGGUUUAUUCAUGCCACUGCUAAAGAGCUUCAUUUAGAUGGCAGUAUAGUACAAAAUGACAAAACUUUAUUAGUAAAUUCAUCUUUAACUGAUGCGCAGGCUAAAAUGCUUCUUCAUUCUCCAAAUCGUCGCCAAUCGUCAUUAGAAAAUUUGAAUAAGUUAAGACCAUGUUUGGCUGAAAUUAGUUUCGAUGUAGCUUUAGAUGCUACUUUGAUAGCUCAAGGACCUCUUUCCGUUGAGAAAUUGCAAUUAUCGUUGAAUAACGCCAAGACGACCAUAUAUGGAGGAAUGUAUGAAUUUUUAAGUGAAGCUAAACUGCAAAAUAAGUUAUCUACUGUUCAGCAACAGAAAUCUCAAAUAUUUGCUAAAACAAGAAGUUAUAGUAAUGAUGCAUAUCAUAAAUUAGCACCAAUAAUUCCAAGAAAUUUUGGGGUGGCAAUAAAAGCUGCAACCGUAACCGCUGUGAAAGAAAAUACUCAAAAUGAUUUUAACGCAAAAAUGCAAUUAUUUACGAUUUCUGGAAAAUUUAAACCAAAUUCUCUACCUGAAAAUAUCCAUUUACCUAAUUUGUAUGCUAACUUAGCACUUCAACAUCUAGACAUCGAUACAAAAUAUGAAAAACUUUUAUUUAUUGAAGAAUUCACAACAGAAGCUAAGCUGGAAAACGAAAUUUUAAACAUCUUUUUCUUAUUACGCACUUUUCAAAUAAUUUACAAUCACAGUGAAAUUUAUGGUUGGGUGAAUAAUAAUUUUCUUUCACGCAAAAAGUCAACACCAAGUCAACCACUUUCUCUUUCGAAAAAAAAAUUCGAAGAUAUUGAAACAAUAACUAAAUCAAAUCAAAAAAUCUCAAAUGGAGGUGGUUCUAAAUUACUUGAAUGGAUGUUAAAGAGGAUUGUCGUUAAGGCUUGUGCAGAGCUAUGGAAUAUCUCCAUGCUUGUAAAACUAGACGACCAUAAUGCUGGAAUAAGUAUGAGUCAUUCGCGCAUGAUACUGGCACAAUAUGAUGAAAAGCGCAGUAGUACUUAUAACAAUCAUUUUAUUAAUUUACUUUUAAAUAACCGACAUUGGAGUGUGGAAUUGAUGUUUGAAACAUUAUGGUGGUCACUUGGAAAUUCUAUCAAUGACACAAACAACCUAAAAAAAAACCAUUCUCGUGGUAGUCCAUUUUUUUUAGCUUUAAGCAUUAUAAAAUUGAGUAGUUAUGCAAAUAUUAUGAAAUUGGAUUUUUCUAUUCAUAAUGUUCGGGCUGAGUAUAGCAUAUUUUUGGCAGAAUUUGUAGUUAAAACAUUGCAAUGCAUAAAGCAGUAUGGAUGGGGUAGCAAAAUAUGUACACCGACGUCCGAGACCAUACCUGUAAAAUCAGAUUCUAAAGUUAAUUCUGGAAUGAUUGUUAGUACAAGAAUUGAAGGAAUCUCGGUUUAUUUUAUAAAUCAUCAUGACGCUUGUAUAUUAGUCAGUUUGUCUGAAGUGGCGAUAACAAGAACACAACAAAUUUCUGUUAUAAAAUUAGAGCGACUUCAAAUGGCAAUUAUGAGGUCGUUAACAGCAGAUUCAAUGAGCGUUAGUGAUUUUACUGACAUUUUUUGCAAUUUCAAAAUAAUCCGUUUAGAAUAUGAAAAGUUUUCGACGGUAACUAAUUCGCCGAAACUUUCAAUAUAUAUUUUGGACGAUACAGAAGCAUUUUGGAACUCGAAUUUACAUAUGCAUAUAUACACUUUGUAUCAGGAUAUUCAAGAAUUUAAGAUAGAGACUGGACUUUUCAGUAUUAGUGAAAAGCCUACAUUACCUCCGAAAGAAAUUAAUUCAUCUGAAAAGCUUUCCAUUGAGUUAUCAGCAGAGCGAAACACCUUAUUUGAAAUAAAAAUGUCAGAGAGGCAUUCCAUGCAGUGGUAUUUCGAAAAUUUAUUUAUUAGGAGAAACGAUAGAUUUUUGGUGUCAAUCGAGAACGUUUUCAUCAAAAUUGAUGACCAACACAUAUUUACAUUUAAAGAUGUAGAUGUUCAAACUUUUCCAAGACUGGAUAUGUUGACUGUUGAAAGACAAAAUUCUGAAUGUUUAACUUUAUUAUCAAACAAAGUUUGGGUGUGGACUAUUGAGGGAUUUAAAGCAAUUUUUCCUUACGAUCAUGAUUUCUCAGAUGCUGUUCAAAAUGAAUUUGUAUCGCUAUUUAAAUGGUUGAAACUUAUUCAUAAUUACAAGAAAAAGGAGUUUACCGUGGACUCUCCCUUACCAAGCGAUUUAAUAAUUCAGAUUAAAGAGUUUCUUUUAGAAAUGAGUGAUGAUCCGUUUGAAGUAAAACUUCGUGAUAAUUAUGUUUUAUUAGUUGAUGAGUACUUAGAAGGAUUGAAACGCGAAAAAAUAUUUAGGAAAAAACUUGCAGAAAAAUAUUCAGAUCGAUUACUACUGCCUGCUGGUGCGAUGGAUAACCUCUAUAAAAGUUUUUUGGUGAAAAAUUCUGAAAUUUAUAUACAACGAUCAAAAAAAAUUAAACAAAGUGGACCAGUUCGUACAAGACUUUUUGCCUGGAUUAUGACAGAUUUAGAAAUUUUAGCAAUGGCAGAUCCUUCAAUUCAUGGUAAGGAAAAUGUUAUUCGAAUAAUGAGAGAAAUAGAUUCAGACAGUCCUUGGCCUGAGGAAGGGUUGGAUUUCGUAACUCUGUGGUGCCGCUAUAUAAAUGUUAGUUGUACUGAAUGGAAAUUCAUGUUGAGAGAUUUUCCACAACCAAUGUUCCAGGUUAAAAUGAUGAGAUUACAGGGUAAUUUAGUUGGUGCAGAGCAGGCAGCACCAAAACGGGCACGUCGUGACAUUCUUGUAGAUAUUGGGCACCCAUUUGGUAGUGAUAUGAUUCAAAGGGGAAUGACAGCGUUGAAAUUUUAUCACGACUUUGAAUGUGAAGUGGAUUCAUUCAUAUACGCUUUUGGUCCUUGUUGGGAGCCAGUUAUGGCGCAAUGUAACUUAAGCUUUGAAAAAAUACAAGCUCCUUCACGAGAUCCGAGUCCUGUGUUGCCUUUUUGGGAUAAGAUGCGUUUAAUGUUUCAUGGACGUGUUACCAUGUUGGCAAAACAAUUUACAGUGUUAUUACAUGCGUCUUUAGAUCCAUAUAAUACAACAGAAGAAAUGGAAUUAACUUGGAAUAAUGUAGGAAUAAUGUGGCAAAAUGCAAAAAUUAUUUUUAAGGGCCAGUUAAAUAUUACUGUUAGAACUGCAUCAAGAUACGAUGAUUGCAGAUUACUUCAUUUUCCUCAGUUAAAAUUGAGCUUCAAGCUGAAUUGGGUUUGCUUAGCUAAUCCAAACGAUCAUCACGCUGUAAUUCCUUGUGCCCCAGAUAAAUUACCAGAAUAUUCAAGUAAUCAAGUCCAUGACUCGUUUAGAGCUUUUCGGUCACAGAAUUUAAAUAUUUGGAUUUCUUUCGAAACCAAAAACGUUCCAGGAGAUGAAAUUGACGUUGACAUUCCAAGCCUUGUUUUGUAUGGUAGCACGUUGCGAUGGUUUGAAAGUUUAAAACUUAUAUUGUCUGGCGUUACGCGACCUACUAGAAGAGGUCCUGUAUUUAACAACAUUCGUCCAAGGAAAAAGCAACUAAGCAGGCAUUAUAAAAAGGCGAAUUUACAAAUGAGCUUGCAUAAAUUUCAAAUACUGUAUUGGAUGUCACAUGCACUACAUAGAGGGUUUCAGUUAAAUGGAGGUAGGGUUUCAUUCAGUUCGGAACAUAUUUUAACAUUGUCACCAAUAGACGAUGGUCUUGUGCAUAGACCUAGAGCAGAUUGGUCAACAAUUUACAUGAAUUGCGAACUUAAUGAUGCCGAAAUAUGGUUGAAAAGCGUACUUAAUGAAAAAUUUGAUAGCAGUGCAGAAAGCUUAACUCAAUCAGAUAAUUGUAAAAUUGUUCGCUUUUAUUUUUUGAGUUUGGACAAAGUUUCAUACGGUCGCGAAACUCAUCUGCAAGCUGGAAGUAGUGAAGAAGGAAACAAUCGUAAAUCGCAACCUACCCAUAAGCUUGUAGUUUAUGAUUUAAAAGGUGCUUGGACAAAAAGUAAUCGUGAUGUAGCAUUUGCUCUGUUUGAUUCUUUCAUGAAGAAUCAAAAAUUAAAGAACAAUUUAGGUACAGAGGCUUUGAAAGGGUUUCGUAAAGAAGGUGGCUCAAAUUUAUUGAAAAAUCGUCGCAAUGAUAGUUCAAAUUCUUUAACCUCAGCUGGUUCCGAAACUGUUUCGUCCAUUUUCCCAUCAACAAGUUCUGGAACGACUUCUAACAGCUCCGGCACUAUUAAAAAAUCACAACAUACUAAUCAUGCAACAGCAAUGUUGCAACAACUUAUUGCUGAAGCAGAUCAUAAAUUUAAUGUUUACAGUGACGAUAAUGAUAAUACUCAGAUUAGAGAACUACAUUUACAAGGUUUACAAGCUUGCAAUGCAAAUGAUGUUAUACAUGAAAACUGGAGUAUAUCAUUAGUUAAUUCUCAAGUUCUAUUAAAAGGCUGUGAAACUUCAGGUUACGUAAUUUUAAGUGCAGCGAAAGCAGAAAUUUUACAACGCGUCCAUAGACCUGUUUGGAGAGAUCGAAGCUUAAUAUCAAAAACAACCUGGAAAGGCUCGCUAGAAUGCAUGCAGUAUUAUGCUACAGUCUCUGCUGGAGAGAGUGAUGCAUUUUUGGAUGAAAAAAUCAUGUGGUUAACUGUAGAUAAUAUUCAAGAAAAAGAUAAAGAUGCAACUGUGAUAAACGACUUACCAGAUCUUCCUCACUUGGUCGGUAGCGGACAGAGUGUUGGCGGAGUUGUUUCGGAGACUGUUGGAGUAUCUUCCGGUGUCGCACCUGGCGAAGUUCAACCAGUACAGUUGCAAAGAAUUGUAUCGCGAUGCAAAUGUGAAUUUUUUUAUGUAAGCUAUGGUGAUACAAUAGAUCCUAAUACAAUAACAGAGGUUCCACCACCACCUUCUGAAGAGACUCUCAGUCCAUGGGAAAAACAAGAUGAUCCAGUUGAUGCAUUCACAUUGAUGCAUCAUGAUUUGGAUGUGUGUACUAAUUCUCUUCAGUACGCAAUGAUAUUAGAUAUAGUAAACAAUUUAAUGCUUUAUGUUGAACCGCAACGAAAACAAGCUUUGGAGAAAUUGGCAAGAAUGAGAUUUCAACUCCAAUUAUACAGUAGUGAAGAUCAGAAACGACCAAUUCAACAUUUACAAACACAAAUACGUAGUUUAGCUAUGAAAAUAAGAGCUUAUGAAAAAGAUUUAUAUUUCGUAAGUAAAGCUAGACAGGAAGAGGGCGACACUGAAGAGCUAUUGAAAGAGUUCGAAAGAAUUCAGGAUAUGAUCCGAGAUUCCAAAGAAGAACUGAAUAUUCAAGGAGAAGAGCUUGAUAUGAAAUUAAUUUGUUACAAGGAAACGCAGUUAUCUGCAAUGAGUAAAAUUACUAACGUGAGAACUGAUAAACCUGUAACAAUUGUUCGAGCUAAUGAAAUUUGUUUUAAACGUGCUCAGUGGAGACUUACUGAAACCGAUGGUCAAAUUGGUAUAGCAGAUUUAGUAUUAAGUGAUUUCUUAUACACGAAGAAGUCCAAAAGUGAUGAUUCUGUUGAGCACUUGUUAGAAUUAGGUAAUAUUAGGAUGAAUAAUUUAAUACCGAGGGAAAUUUACAGGGAGGUGAUAUACCCAACUGAAAUUCAAAAAGAUAUGCCUGUUGAUGCUCAUAAAAGAGUAUUACGUGUAUUUUGUAGAGAAAAGCCUCCCGUUGGUGGCAUUUCUGUCAAAGAGCAUUUUGAAAUUAAUGUUGCACCGAUAACUAUAGCAAUAACAAAAAAAUUUUACAAUACAAUGAUGAAAUUUUGUUUCCCUGAUCGGGAUGCUUCAGAAACUGAAACAGAUGCUGAUGUUGAUGAUGCAGCAUCAACAACAUCAACAUCACAAAGAUCGAUAGCCAGUAGUAGUAGUAAAAAAUCCAAACCAAAGAAAAGUUCCAAAGAAUCCGCAUUCUACGUCAAAUUUCAUGAUGACGUAGAAAAAAUGAAAGAGAGAGCCGAAAAAAACAAGUUAUUUAUAUAUAUCAAAAUACCAGAAGUUCCAGUUCGUGUUAGCUAUAAGGGAAAUAAAGAAAAAAAUUUAGAAGACAUUACUGAUUUUUCAUUAGUGAUUCCAACUUUAGAAUACCAUAAUGUUACUUGGACGUGGUUAGAUUUAUUAAUGGCUAUGAAGUCUGUUGGUCGAAGUGUUAUUGUUAAGCAAGCAAUUAAACAAAAAUUACAAAUAAAAAGAAAACCACCAAUAUUAGCAAUAGGAGAUAGAGAAUCACCACAAGAAGAAGAUAAAGCUAAAAUGUUAUUUGGUGAUAGGCUUGCUGUUGAAAAUCGAAGUCAAAGGAAAAAAUUCCAAAAUUUUACAAAAUCUUCUUAGAAAAAAUUAAUUUUUUGAACUUUUUUGUGAGACCAAUAUUCCAUAAUAUCAAAGAAUUUAUAUAUAUAUAUAUAUAUAUAUUAUACACUUAUUUUAAAAUAUUAAUAUUGUAUAUUAUUGUAAAGACAAAAUGGUUUAGUGUAGUACCAACAUAAUGUAUGUACAUAUAUGUUUUAAAAUUAGAAUUUUAUGACAAUUUAUAAAACAAAGAAUCACACAUGAUGUAUGCAUGUAUUUAUAAAAGAAAAAUUACAUUUUAUUUAAUUAAACAUAAAAG